AUGGCCGAUACUGCGAAAGAAGUUCCGCUCAACUCGGUGCAAGUGGAAGCACUGGUUGUGAUGAAAAUCGUUAAAGCUUGCGCUGCCUCGUUUCCUACUACCGCAACUGGAUCUAUCGUUGGAAUGGACGUAAACGGAACUCUCCAAAUCACCAAUACUUUCCCCUUCCCAAUGCCAGAUGUCGCCGCGGCCGAUGCCCACCCAAACGAUCAUAUGGCAGCUUCAAACCUCGCCGCUGCUGCUCCACGAUCAAAGGCCAAUAUCACAUAUUCGAACGAGAUGAUCAAAUACCUAAGGGAGGUCAACGUAGAUGCGAACAAUGUUGGAUGGUACACAAGUGCAAACAUGGGCAAUUUCGUCAACACCAGCUUGAUUGAAAAUCAGUUCUUUUAUCAAAAGGAACCAAAUGAGAGAACCGUUGCUUUGGUACACGAUGUCAGCCGAAGCUCUCAAGGUGCUCUGAGUCUGCGAGCUUUCAGAUUAUCUCCAAGCUUUAUGGCUGCCUAUAAGGAAAGCAAGUUCACGACUGAGAACAUGCAAAAAACCAAACUCACAUACAAGGACGUUCUGGUUGAGCUACCAAUUAUUGUACACAACUCUCACCUCUUGACCUCCUUCCUCCACCAGCUACCAGCCGAACCCGCGAAGAAAGAACUCGAAUUUCCCGCCAGUCUUGCAGACCUUCACGCUACCCAACCUCCGAACCCGCUAUAUCCAAACUUCGAGUCUUUAGACCUGUCGAUCGACCCAUAUCUUGAGAAGACUUGCGACUCCCUCCUUGAUAGCAUAGAAACACACUACACGGAGCUGAACAACUUCCAAUACUACCAGAGACAGCUUGCCCGAGAGCAGACCAAGAUCACAGCGUGGAAGACAAAGCGGGCGGCCGAGAAUGCAUCUAGAGUACAGCAGAAGCAAGCACCAUUACCUGAGGAUGAGUGGGAGAGACUAUUCAAGCUGCCAACAGAACCAAGCCGAUUGGAGGGUAUGUUGAAUGCUAGACAGGUAGAGCAAUAUUCGAGACAAGUGGAUGGCUUCACUGCGAGCAUCACUAGUAAAAUGUUUGCUGUCAAGAGCAAUUUGCUUCCUGAGAGUUCGUGA